AUGGUAGAAGAGAUACCGAUAUCGUGUGUGAUUCGCAUUCUUCGCAAUCAUCCUCAGUUUCCGUUGAUAUCCAUAGUAAAGAAUUCGGAUGCGCUCGCAUUACUUAUGAAGCAACAUUGUCCCGAUAUAAUUGCAGUAACGGAGACAUGGCUUAACCCCACUAUCACCCUACAGUCUCUUGUUCACGUGGAUAUUUCUCCUUACACUGUUCUGCGAUGUGACCGCCUACUUAAAGGAGGUGGAGGAGUCGCAUUAAUUGUCAAAAACAUUUUUUCUCCUAUAACUAUUUUUUCGGAAUCGGUAGCGAACGCAUAUGAGGUACUGUGCUGUGAUUUGUCAGUCAACCUGUCCACGCUUCGUGGAGGAGUCGCAUUAAUUGUCAAAAACAUUUUUUCUCCUAUAACUAUUUUUUCGGAAUCGGUAGCGAACGCAUAUGAGGUACUGUGCUGUGAUUUGUCAGUCAACCUGUCCACGCUUCGUCUUGUUUUGAUAUACAGAACACCUAGUUGUAUGGCUUCUAUGUCGGUCCAACUGACCAAGGCCGUAAGUGACAUGGUUUCUUGUAAACACUGCGCAAUUGUGAUCGGUGAUUUGAACUUCCCAUGCAUAGCCUGGAAGGGCUCAGUCCAGUCUCAAGGGAAUCGGAUUUCUGCUAGUGCCCGGGCAUUCCUGGAGAUGUGUGAAACCCAUGCAUUAAAGCAAUACGUUACUACUGGCACUCUGAAUGAGAAUAUUCUUGAUUUGGUUCUGUCCAAUGGGGAUAAUUUAGUCACAGACCUGGAAGUACACCCGCCAUUGGGGUCUAGUGAUCACGCGACCAUUAGCUUUACCACUAGCCCCACUGGUUUGGCUCCUUUGAAUAGUGUAGAUACGGUAGAUGGGAAAUAUGAACUUCUUCUAGGCAUUCUUUCUCACACAAUUGAGCUAUAUGUUCCACUCGUUAGCAAGUCAUCAGGGAGUUCACACUUGCCCACCUAUCUUUGCACUUUGGCACAAAAACGUGAUCGGGCAUGGGAUAAGGCUCAGAAAUCCAAGUCCUCACAAGACCACCUGGAUUUUGCUCGUUUAAAUAACAAGCUGAGUAAAAUGCUCAAAAAAUUCAAUACAUCGGUUGAGAGAAGAGUCAUUCGAUCAAAAAACAAAGCCACGUUCUAA